CAAUAUGAGGCAGGUGCGUCGUUCUACGCUUAGCAGCAUAUAGUUAGCCUCUAUACUUUAAAUAGUUUGAAGUUCAUCAAUUGUUAAUCUAGAUCUCUAUAAAUAUAAUUUGUACAAUUAUUGGAGCUUUUUCGAUAGUUCCUACUACCCUUAUUUUGGCAUAUUUUAUUUGAAAUUUUCAAAAUUGAGCUCGAUUUACUAUUCGAGUAGUAGGUCUAGGUAAAAAUAUUUGAGGUAAUCGAUUUGUCAAAAUUACAUAAUUAACACUUUGCAGUCACACAGCCAGCAGUGCAAAAUACCCCGUUUUGUCACCUAGCCAGGAGAGCGACUGCAACAGACUUCUCGGACAGGAACAGAUAAUUUUCACCGGCGCUGUAUUGCGCCAAGUGACUGCAGAGUGUUAAAAAAAAACACUACACCUACCUAGGCUUAGGUCUGGUGUUGUUAAUUGCAAUCAUGAAGUGCGUCUGGGAAAUUGACUGUCAUCCAAACUUUCGCCAUUGUUGUUUUGGUCAGAAUUGGAAGAUUGAACAACUUGAGACAGAGAUUUCCAAGAGUGAGUCUCGCCUGGAUGAUAUUGAGAGGUUGGGAAGACUUGCAGACAUGACAGAUGAAGAAUGGAGCAGACUAAAAGUGGAAAAGACCCAGCUUGAACACCAGUUAGUUACAAAUCGUAAGAAGUUGAAAAAACUCCGCUGGGAAAACUGGAAGACAAUGAUUGUGUCUGUGAUUAUCCUAGGAGCGGGCUAUUUGACAUUUACUUUGCUUUACAAUACACCAAGUGCUGAGGUGGCUCAGGACAGGUAGCAUUUCAUUUUAACAGAGAGUUACUUUAUGAUGUAUGGCGCCAUUGAAUGUAUGAUUGGAAGUGUAGCUUUAGUUUGCAAGCAAUGUAUGUUGUCCAUCUUGAAAUAUUAUGUCAAAUGUGUAUGUAUCAGAGUAUGGGGUGGCGUUGAUGGCCAAAUGGUUAGGCUUCCGGACCCGUAAUCAUGAGAUUGUGGGUUGGGAGGUUCGAGCGUCAGCUCGGUCCGACGUUGUGUCCUUGGGAAAGGCACUUUAUAUGAAUUUCCCAUUUGGCUCAGUCCUUUCGGAGAUGGACGGUAAACUCGGAGGUCCCACCUCUUAAAUAACCGAACAGUGUUGAAUGGGGGUGUUAAACCAUUACCAUUUACCAUUUACAGUCAUGAGAGAUAGCCAUUGUUCAUUUUAGUCUUUUUGCACGGUUUAAUGCAAAUUUAUUUGUAAACUAAAGCCCAUACCUCAUGGUACCAA